AUUCGAAGUACGGUCCAGUUUAUCGUCUCACUGAAAGCAAGAAAAAAAAGAAUGUCCAACAAGGCUUUUCCACAUCUCAAAUCGAUGUCGUCUUUGACUAGCUUUGAAUCUUGCAAGCACCUGCAUUCGAAAACCGGAAAAAACGAAUCGAUGUCAUCAGCACCUUCUUCUACCAAGCAUCACAGGGAAAUGCUACAGGAAAAUACCCUCCACAUAAUCCACUCGCGGUUGUUGGAAAUCGACUCGAAGAUGACUCGUGUCGAAUCCGAUUUUCAUGAUUCCUUCGCCAGGCUAGAGGCGAACAUCAAAAAAUGUUACCAAUCCAUCCAACGGGUUAGCGAAAUCUUAGCCACGACAGGGUGGGAACGGGAAGAUGCAACGCAAGAUCUGGUUGUUAAUGUGAAGCUAGGAAACAAAGAAUAUCGCUACGUUAAAGCGGAAGAAGUAGCCGCUGCAAUGCGAAAUGAUUCUCUGGCGGCGGAGAUCCUAAAUGAUCGAUCAGCUUCGCCAGAGAGGAAGCCUAGCGAGAAGCACAGGCGGAGCAGAGUUCUAUCAAAGAUCAAAGAUGGUGUUAAAAAUGCUUUCAGUGUACCGUGCGUCGUGACACCGAUAUUCGAAAUCUAUCCGGCGAAAAUGUUCCCCAAACCAUCGAAUCCAAGCCGUAUUGAGUUAAGGCAACGAUUUGGAUGAAGCAAGCCAAAAACAACAUUGGAGACAAUUUUGAUUCUGAAACUGUUUCGAUCUUCCUUUCAAACGUGCUGUAAAUUUAUAUUCUAACUCAUGUAUUCAAAUAUGGUCAAUAACUUUUUUUAUUUUUUCUACAAAAACAGAAUGAUUAAUA